CCUCAAGCAAACUUUCGUCUCCUCUUCUCUCUCUGCCCAACUUAUCCUCUCCCAAACUCAACUCUAUUUCACCCGCAUUCUGAACCAAUCUCCAGCUUUUAGCUUUCCUCAUCACUCAACUCUUUAAAGACUUUCCCCUCCCCAAACCUGUCGCACGUCACAGCCGACAGUGCCUCCACACCUCGCGCAAACUCUCCACCACCAAAAUACACAACUCUACCACCAUGGCUGCUCAAGCUGGUCAGCCUCAAUCCAAGUCGGCCAAGAAGAAGGCCGCCAAGGCUCUUGAGCGAACCGAAUCCCCUGCUCCCAGCGUUACCUCCGCCUCUGCUACCGCCGAUAAGACCAGCGAUGACAGCUUCGAGAGCCCUUACAUCAAGGAGAUCCAGAAGAACAUCCGAAAUGUCAACAAGAAAAUCACCAACGCUUCCAAGACCGAUUCCCUCCUAGCCCAGAACCCUGGCAAGUCGCUCGACGAGCUCAUCGAGUCAAAGAUCAUCAAUGCCGAUCAGAAGGCCCAGAUUCUCAAGAAGCCUGCGCUCCAGCAGCAGCUAGCGCAAUACGAGGAGCAGCUCACUCAAUACCAGAAGGUUGAUGAGCAGUACAAGACACGUGCCGCCAGUGACAAGGCAGAAUGGGAGAAGAACCUCGAGAAGGCCAAGGCCGAUGCAAAGGCUGAGGCCAAGGGUGAGGCUACCAAGGAUCUCCACGACAAUCUGCUGGUCCUGUCACAAUUUCUGCGACUCGCUGCCUACCGUCGCGAGGAAGCUCAAGAUCCCGAGUCGGACGAAAGCCAGGCCAUCGAGGGAGUUCUCCUUGCUAUCUACUCUGGUGACGAGAGUGCUGUUCAGUCUAUGCUGAAGCUCGUCAACGGAUCCGACGAUCAAAUUGUCAGCGUGCCCGGCGAGCAGCUGCAAACCCCUUUCUCCAAGGUCAAGACCCUUGCCCAGGAAUACAAGACCCCCUACGACGAUGCACAACCCGCUGAGGAGAGCACCGAACAGCCCAAGGAGGUCGUUACGGACCCUACUAUUGCGCACGCUGCUGCCACUGAGAUCGACGCCGGCGAUACCGUCCUUCCUACCACCACUACCGAGCCUUCUUCCAACGGCUUGGCCAACGCCAGUAUCGCGGAUGACGCUGCCAACGCUGUCGCUGAGAGCCACUGGGAUUCCACUAACAAUGAAAUGUCCACUUCCCAGGAGUGGGUUGACGUGAAGCCUGCCGAGGCUGUUGAGGAGGCUGCUGCUCCCGCUCCUACUCGCGUUGCCAACGCCAACUCCUGGGCUGAUGACCACCCCGAGACCACUGCCCCCGCUGAUCCCAACGAUGGAUUCCACCAGGUCCAGCGAAACCGACCUCGCAACGAGGGCGGUAACCACCGAGGCCGUGGACGUGGCGAGCACCGAGGUCGAGGCGGUUUCCGCGGUGAUGGUCGUGGACGUGGUCGCGGCCGCGGAGGUUCUGGCGGUGCCCCCCGAGCUGCGCGACGCAAUGAUGAGUCUUAAGUACUCCCAAACACGGCAUGCGGUAAACGCACAGCCUACGAAUCUCCUUGAAUCUCCCGAGGGCAACUGUACAUCAUGAAAUGACGGCGUUUACAAGUCAAGAUUUCUGCGGCAAAAAGCCAGGGGACGGUGGACUUGAGUUGAGGACUUUGCAUUUUGGGGUUUUGAUGAUUUUGGGACGACUCGGAUAUACAUCUGGCCACGGUGUCGGCUGGAGUUCGUAAUACAUUUGUAACAACGUAAGCCUUUCGGGGGUGAUACCUGGGGCAGUAGGUAACAAUGUGAAUUAAUACCCGCCAAAGC